UUUGGUGACGCUGAUCGAUGCAAGUCAGUACACCAAACCCACGAUCAACAGCAUGACAUUACGAGUUGCUGAUACUUAGGAACCAGUGUCCGCCUGCUGGUUUGGGUAUUGCCAGGGUGUCUUUGCCGGUGUCCUUGUAUCGCAAGACUUUUUGAACCUUUUCCCACAGAUCAACGAUGGGAAUAUAUCCGGCGCGGUGACGAGUAGUUUCUUCCUUGGAGCAUUCGUCGGUGCCUUGGUUGCCUUCGCACUAGGCGACAAGCUCGGACGGAAGAAGACCAUCAUAGCAGGCCACAUCCUGAACACCGUCGGCGCCGCGCUCCAGGGCUCCGCAUACAGCCUGCCCCAGCUCGUCAUAGGGCGAACACUCAAUGGCAUCGGAAUAGGUAUAACCUCGACAAUGUCCCCAGUGUACCUAGGAGAAUGCGUGAAGCCCCAUCUCCGUGGCCGACUCCUCGUCAUCGGGGCUUCGGCUAACGUGACUUCGUUCGCGCUCUCAAGCUGGAUCAACUAUGCACUGUCCUUCCGCAGCGACGCGUUGCAAUGGCGGCUUCCUCUGCUGCUUCAGCUCUUCUUUGCGUUGAUCAUCUUCCCGCUCGCACCACUUGUGCCCGAGAGUCCGAGAUGGCUGCUCCUCGUGGGCCACGAUGAUGCUGCGAAGCAGGUGCUCGCGAGACUUGGCGAUGAGUCUGUUGAUAGCGACGUGGUGAGGGUUGAUUACGACUCUAUCAAGGCGUCUAUCCGUCUCGAGAAGUCGUACCGAGUGCCCUUGGCGGACGUCCUCCGAAACCGAGACAGGACACAGAAUCUCCGGCGUCUUAUCCUGCCCUGCGGAACGCAGUUCAUGCAGCAGUUCUCUGGGAUCAAUAGCCUGGGGUUCUACAUACCCACAUUACUCCACGAAAUUGUCGGAUUCAGUCUGCAAACAAGCCGAUUGCUCGCCGCGGUAAAUGGCACGAUUUACUUCAUCGCCGCGUUCUUUAGUCUGGCUUUUGUCGACAGCCUCGGACGACGCAAACUUAUGUUAUACGGCUCACUGCUUAUGGCGGCCUGUCAUCUGAUAACGUCCCUGGCGCUGAAAGGUAGCCACGAUGACCCUGCGAGGAUGAAAGUUUUUGGUAAUGUGGCAGUGGCUUUCAUCAUAAUCUACCAUGCUGUUUUCGCGCCCACAUGGGCAGGCAUUCCUUGGGUCUACGCGGCGGAAGUAAACUCGAUAGGCUGGCGUACUCGUGGAGCUGGUGCAGCUACUGCUACCAACUGGAUAACAGGAUUCGCAGUGGUGCAAUUCACCAAAGUCGGCAUCGACAAUCUGCAAUGGGCGUUCUUUUUGAUCUUCGCAAUCCUCUGCGUGUUAUUCUUCCCCCUGGUAUACUUCUUCUACCCGGAGACAGCGGGGCGUAAGCUCGAAGACAUGGACGAGAUGUUCCUCCGCAACCCCUCGUGGCUCGUCUGCGGCAAGAAGGAGAUGAUCCAGCCUACCCGGCCGCAGGCUUUCAUCGACGCGGAGAUAGCCCGUAUCUCAGAUAGUCAGGUCACUAUCGUCGAGGUGGCACCUGACAAUUUCGAGAAGAAGUAGCUGGCUGGCAUACCACGACGAUUAUGAUAUGGGAUUAUGCAAUAUCAAAUGGGCUUCCGUAUAUGGGUUAUGGCUUACUUGGCAUGGAUAGAAAUGGGACUUAGAGCUAAAG